AUGGAUGAAUUUCAGACUUUCUUUCAAAGUUUAGGGGAAAAAAAAUUGACUCCUAUUUCUGAGGAUUACAGAAAACAAUUCAAGAUUAGAGGAGAGUUCAUCUAUCCACUUAACAAGAAGUUUGAUCAAAUUUGUAAAAGGUAAUCUAAAGUAUUUAAAACUAGCUUUUUAGAAGAUGAAAAAUUAAGGGGCAAAAGAAAAUGGGAUAAUUCCUUUAAACUAUUUCUGAUAUGGUUUUUAGUUAAAUAUUUUGAGAAUUAAAAUCGAAUUACAAUACGACCUGUAGAAGUUUAAUAUAUUUUAGGAUGAGAAUGAUUGGAUUAAUUUUGAAAACAUUCUGAAAAUAGAUAAGCAUACUUUAUAGUAAAGAUGGAUUACUUUGAUUAAUCCUCAAAUGAAAUCUAUCAAUUGGUUAUAGGAAGAAGAUGAUUUUAUUAGGACUUAAAUGAAGUAAGUUAGAAUUACUUAAUUUAUUAUAGUUAAAAGAAUAAACAUAUUUGGACACAAAUUGCAGUAUCUCUUUAUGAAAGGAAUUUGUAGGGGAAUAUUCGAACUCCAAAAUAAAUUAGGGAACGAUGGAUGAAUUAUUUGAAUCCUGAAUUAAAUAAGUAAUUUACUAUCCUUAUUUAUAGAGAACAAUGGUUGCUCAAAGAGGAUUUGAUUAUUUUAAAUAACGUUGUGAAAAAUGGAAAAAAAUGGUCACAAAUUUCAUAGUAAUUGAAUGGAAGAACCGAGAAUUAGGUGAAAAAUAGGUAAUUGAAUAACACAAUUACAUAAGAUACAAGUCAUUAAUACAUAAAAUAUGCAAGGAUGAUGAAUGUGAUGAAAUAGAGAUGAUCAAGUAGUACAUUAGAAAAAAGUAUGUAACAAUUUAAAAAAGUAGUUCUGUACAUAUGGACUCUAAUAAACAAGGUAUAAUAGGUAAAAGGGGGAGACACAAGAAGGGAAUGAAAAAUAAGGAACAAAAAGCAGAUGCAAAGAAACAAAAAAAUAUUCCAAAAAUAAUAAAAUAAGAAGAAUAAUUAUCCUCAUAAGCUUUCGUUUAAUAAGCAUAAUAAUAAUAAUAAUAAUAAUAAUAAUAAUAAUAAUAAUAAUAAUAAUAAUUAUUAUUAUUUACAUAAUCUUAAUAACUAUAAUUGUAAUAAUAAAUUCAAUAAACUUAAUAAUUGCAAUAAUUGUAGUAGUUAUAAUAAUAGAUGAAUUUUAAUUAGGAAGAAAUGAAGUUAGCAUUAAACUUGUAAUCUACUUUUAAUUAGGAGGAUAUCAAAAAUACAACUCCAUUGAUGAUGUUAUAAUGUUUAACUUCUCCAGGAUAUUAGUAUUUUGAAAAUCAAUGUUUAAGAUAAUUGUCUCCUGGAAUGAUAGAAGAAGUAGAUUGUCAUUAAAAUUCGUCUUUAUAAUUACCCAAAAUGGCAAAUAUUUAUAAGGUAAAUUCUACAUCUCCAUUUUUAAUUGGAUCUAUGUUGCCUUCUCCAUUUUGGAAUAAUGAUCAAUUUGUUCAAUAGAAUGAUGAUUAAGUUGGAGCAAUAUCUAAUUAAACUUUUACCUAAUAAAUUUCCACAACUCCUUAUUUAAAUAUAAAUUAUUUAAGACAAUAAUAGAUGAAUGGGUUCUCUAAAUAAAAGGAAUUAGAUUUAUUGUAGGAAAAUCCUAUAUAAUAAUUCAAUAAAAGAAGAAAUAUUAAUUAAUAGUGA